AUCCUAGAAGCUCAAAGUCACGCUCUCACGGGGAUUUGAUAUCACUGCUAAUUUUGUUCUGCGACGGCUCGGACAGUAGUAGUAUCUUCGCAAACUAGAGAAACCAUUCCCGGUCAUGACAAUUCGCGACCAUUGCAUAACCUAACAACUUUCUCCUCUAUUAGUUACUCCGAAUUUUCGUGUACAUAUGCACUCAUACAUUACACAAAUUUUAUCCUGACGAAGUUUGGAUCGUUUCGGGUUUUCUUGAUCCACAAUGGCUUUUAGGCGCCUUCUCACCCAGUUUGCAGAAAAGCACGGAGAGAUCAAUCACUUGAACAAGUUGUCUUUGAGGUCUUAUUUUACUUCAAGGGCGAUUGACGGAAGCAGAGUGAGCAGUCUGUCUGGCGGUCCUCGUCGUUUUCAGUCCAGUUAUAUUGGACGUUUAGCUCGGAGAGUACGUGAUACAGAUGGAUCAGGUGAUGCAGCUUAUCUUGGAGAGCUUUUACGGCGAAAUGAUCCAGAUGAAGUGAUAAGAUUGUUUGAAAGUCAACCUUCUUUGCAUACCAGCCAAUCAGCACUUGCUGAAUAUGUCAAGGCAUUAGUUAGAGUUGAUAGGUUGGAUGAGAGUGAGUUGCUUAAGAUGUUACAGAGAGGAGCUUCAGGUUCUAGUAGAAUGCGGGAAGAAAGUAUUGGCGGCCUUUCAGCCUUUGGAAGUGUGGGUAAAAGGACAAAAGACAGUGGUCUGGGAACACCCUCUGCUCCUAUACAUACGGUGGCUACUGAGGGAGGAAGCUUUAAACAACAGUUGUGGCGUACUGUUCGAACAUUAGGUUUGGCCUUUCUCAUAAUUUCAGGUGUUGGGGCACUUAUCGAGGAUAGAGGAAUAACUAAAGGGCUUGGUCUCCAAGAAGAGGUGCAACCAACCAUGGAAUCUAAGACAAAAUUUAAUGAUGUGAAGGGUGUUGAUGAAGCAAAAGCAGAGCUAGAAGAGAUUGUUCACUAUCUUCGGGAUCCUAAGCGCUUUACUCGUCUCGGGGGGAAGCUACCAAAAGGUGUUCUGCUUGUUGGUCCUCCUGGCACUGGCAAAACUAUGUUGGCAAGGGCUAUAGCAGGUGAAGCUGGGGUUCCUUUUUUCUCAUGUAGCGGCAGUGAGUUUGAAGAGAUGUUUGUUGGUGUUGGAGCCCGAAGAGUGAGAGAUCUAUUUUCAGCUGGAAAGAAGCGGUCCCCAUGCAUAAUUUUUAUUGAUGAGAUAGAUGCCAUAGGAGGUAGUCGCAACCCAAAAGAUCAGCAGUACAUGAAGAUGACUUUGAACCAAUUGCUCGUUGAACUGGAUGGCUUUAAACAAAAUGAAGGGAUUAUAGUAGUUGCUGCUACUAACUUCCCUGAAUCAUUAGAUAAGGCACUGGUGAGACCUGGACGAUUUGAUCGUCACAUUGUUGUACCAAAUCCAGAUGUUGAAGGCCGAAGGCAGAUUAUGGAAUCUCACAUUUCAAAGGUUUUAAAGGGAGAUGAUGUCGAUCUGAUGAUAAUUGCCAGAGGAACUCCAGGGUUUUCUGGUGCAGAUCUUGCAAAUUUGGUCAAUGUUGCAGCUCUCAAGGCUGCUAUGGAUGGUUCCAAAUCGGUGAGCAUGGCUGAUUUAGAAUAUGCCAAGGACAAGAUCUUGAUGGGCAGUGAACGCAAGUCAGCUGUUAUAUCAGAUGAAUCAAGAAAGCUAACCGCUUUCCAUGAGGGUGGCCAUGCGUUGGUAGCAAUCCAUACUGAUGGGGCUCUUCCAGUACACAAGGCAACUAUUGUUCCUCGAGGUAUGUCUCUUGGCAUGGUUUCUCAGUUACCAGAUAAGGACGAAACUAGUAUAUCCCGUAAGCAGAUGCUGGCUCGGCUUAAUGUUUGCAUGGGCGGGCGGGUUGCAGAAGAGCUUAUCUUUGGUGAAAAUGAAGUUACAUCAGGUGCAUCUUCUGAUCUCAAGCAAGCAACUAAUCUUGCCAGAGCAAUGGUUACAAAAUUUGGAAUGAGCAAACAAGUAGGGGUUGUUACUCACAAUUAUGAUGACAAUGGAAAAAGCAUGAGCACUGAGACUAGACUUCUCAUUGAGGAAGAAGUCCGAGAAUUAUUGGCGAGUGCAUAUAAUAAUGCAAAAACCAUUCUCACCACCCAUGAGAAGGAGCUCCAUGCACUUGCCAAUGCUUUACUUGAGCGUGAGACGCUUAGUGGAAGUCAGAUCAAGGCCCUUCUCGCUCAGUUCAAUUCUGACCAGCAAGAACAAAAGGUGGUUGCAGCCCAAAGCAAUAUAAAGUGCACCCCAGUCCCCCCCUCAGGACCCACUGCCGCAGAUUCUGCGGCAGCCGCAGAUUCUGCGGCAGCCGCAGAUUCUGCGGCAGCCGCAGAAGCUGCGGCAGCUGCAGCUUCUGCAGCAGCUUCCGCUGCCGCUGCUGCUGCAGCCAAGGGAAAAGGUGUUGCUCCUGUUGGAUCUUAGCAUAGGAUUGUGUAAUGGUUUUUGUGCAUAUUAAUAUUAGCAGGCAAAUAGUUAGUCAAGGACAUUACUGUAGUGCUAUGUACCACAUCAUUAGAAUCCUCAUUCCACUAUGUCAGCCUGGAGCUUAAAACAAAGUGUAGAAGAGAGAUUAAAUUUUCUCUUUUGCUAAAUCAAUUAGAUCUGCAGCAAUUUAUUUAUUUUA